UCAGGUUGGGUGGGUGGUCACUCUCUGUGCGGUCGUCACGACGGCGGCACUGCUCUGCUGCUGCCACCGGAGGUACGCAGCCCGGAUGCGGCGGAGAGAAUUUCCCUGUCUGUCUGUCUGUCUGUCUCUCACGUGGAUGGACUGCAGGGCGAAGGGCAGCAGAACUCAGUCUGACAGUGUCUGUGACAAGUCGCCGUCCGCAUCGCCCGGCGAGAUCUACAUUUGUUACCGCAGCCAACAGGUGGGUGUCGGAGAGUCGGAGGUGGCCGCGCGUGUGGGUGUUGCGGUUGUGCCGCAUGGCGUGGCGGAUGCGCCUCUCGAUGGCGCGGGCCUCCUCGUCCUCAUCCACCCACUCGUCGUCAUCCUCGUCAUCGUCGGGCAGGGGGUUCUCCUGCUCCCACUCGCCCAUGAUGGUCUGGAGGUUGUCGGCCGAGAGGUCCCAGCCAGCCGGCACGGAGCCGCUGUCAUCACUGAUCCCGAAGAGCGCCGGCAGCAAGCCGAGACACUCGUCAGGAUCAGUGAUGAGGUACGACUCGGCCUGGACCUCCUCAGACCACUGGAACCUGAAGUACAGACCAGCGCGACACACAUGGAUGGAUCAAUGGUGGAAAAAGAAAGUCGUUUGUCUCCUGUCUCUUGCUUACGGGUGCAGCUCGUCAUCGCUAUCCAGAAGGUCGAGCAGGAAGGGGCGGUAGGUGGCCUUGUUGACAUGGCUGCGCAUGAUGGCGGCCUUGACGCUGUCGAUCCGCUCCCCCCACCCGGCCUCCUCAGCAGCAGCAGCCUCGCUGUCGUCGCGGUCGCCGCGAUCGGAGCCGCGCAGCGCCUCCUCCUCAUCCUGAUCCAGCUCGUGGAUCUCGGCGGCGGUGCCGAAGCGCUCAGGGAUGAGGAAGGGGGCGCCGCUCUCCAUCUGGAUGUACCAUCUGCCGUGCUGCUGAUACAGGUUGACCCGGCCGUCAACGAUGCGAGGCUGACGGCCGGUCGCCCUGAUCAGCUGGCAGAUGGGCACCACGACGACCUGACACCAGAUGAUGAUACACCACUUAAACCUGACAAGCACAUAAGUAACGAAGACGCCAAGCAAUACGUCACAUGUGUCAGAAUGGCCAGGAUACCGCACAUCCAUCCAUCCAUCAGAUCAGGUGUGUUACCCAUCGCCUUACUUUGGGCAGAGCUUGCAGAUGAUGAUGAUUAUGUCGGUGAAGAGCCACAAAAUAUUCCAGUGCUUAUUCAUCCGGCACUGCCCGUUGGUCAGGUUCAGGUAGCGGAGCACCCGCGGGAUAACGUAGUCAAGCAGGAUGGUGUACUGCCGACACACACCAAUGGUGGAGUGAAGAGAUGCAUGCAUCGCGCUCACAUUGAAUCACUGCCCGUCUGCCACGGAUGCAUGCCUUACGUGCUCGUUCGUCUCGUGAUGCCGGGCGCUGAAGUGGAGGAGGUAGCCGAACACCUCCAUGUAGCCAUCAAAACCCUCGAACUUGAUGCGCUGGAGGUCGGCCUUUCUGAGCGGCCUCUCGCUUGGGCUGCGCUUGUGCCGGCUUUUGAGGCGGCGGAUGGCUACUUUAACCCACAACUCCUCGUGGGGGUGGCGCUUGCGUGCCAUUGUGG